AUGGUUCCUUGUCAUCAGAAUUGCAGGCUGCCUCGUCGUUCUAAUAUUUGGUUUCUGACACAUCCUUCGGUCCAGACUAGUGUUGUCUUCUCCUCUUCUCAGGCUGUUGUGGUGGAUUGUUAUUGGCAGAACCGUAAUUUCCGCGUUGCUGUUAUUCAUGGUUCGAAUGAUGUUAGGGAGCGUCGUAUUUUGUGGGCUGAUUUACUCUCGGUUAUUAGCAGAAAUACUGUGUUUAUUGGGGAUUUUAAUGCGGUGAAAGGAGCUAAUGAGAGGAUUAGUUCGGUUCUCCCGUGCAGACGCGCUUGUCAGGAUUUCUGUGAGUUCAUUGAAGCUUCUGGUUUUGGCGAGCCCACCACUUCUGGCCUGCGCUUCACUUGGUCGGGUCGUCGUUUUUUGCCUAGGCAUGUGGAAUCAGUGCUUGAUAGAGCGCUGAUCUCUGAUGGGUUCGCGGAUAUGUGGGACUCCAUUAAUUCUCACGCUCUUCCUAGAAUUUCUUCGGAUCACUCUCCGUUGGUGUUACAAUGUAAGCUUGCCAUGCCUACUGGUAAGCGUCAUUUCAAGUUUCUCAAUAUGUGGGUUCUUCACCCGGAUUUCCAAAGCAUGGUCGCUACGUCGUGGAAUGAUCAUGUUGACGCUCACUGCCCUAUUUUUCGGGAGAAUCAGCAGGAUCUUUUAGAUAUCCAAGCUCAUAUUGCUGAAUCAGGAUAUACGGACGAUUUAUUUGAUGAGGAGGUGUCGGCUCAGGCUAAGAUUAAUGUGUUCCUUUCUAGGAAAAAUAGUAUGCUUCAGCAGAAGAGUCGUAUGAAUUGGCUUGUUGAUGGGGACAGGAAUACGACUUUUUUUCACAAUAUGAUUAAGUUUCGAAACCGGGGUUUUUCGAUUGGCCACUUGAAAAUUGAUGGGGUAGUUGUGCAUGAUCCGGAUGUUAUCAAGACGCAUGUUACGGAUUUUUUCUCGUCCCUGUUUACAGAGGAUAGACAGACUUCGGUGGAUCUUACUGAGUUGGAGGCGAAUAUUGAUCCCUGGGUUUCAGAGUUGCAGAACCGCCAUCUCACGAGUAUUCCCCUUGUGGAUGAGAUCUCUGCUUCGGUGUUCAGUAUGGAUGCUAACAGUUCUCCGGGUCCGGAUGGAUUCUCUGGGCGCUUCUUUCAGAGCUGCUGGUCUACGAUUAAAGUGGAUAUCGUUAAUGCGGUUCUUCGUGCUAAUAACUUCCAUGAGAAUUUUAUUAGGUGGAUUUCCAUUAUCUUUUCUUCGGCUAGAAUUUCUAUUCUUUAUAAUGGGAAUCUUAGCGGUUACUUUGCUUGCUCUCGGGGUGUUCGUCAAGGGGAUCCUCUAUCCCCCAUUCUGUUUGGCAUUGCAGAAGAUGUUCUCAGUCAUCUUUUCAUCAAUUGUGUGAAUUCUCGUCAUCUCCAGCCGAUGAGCUUCAGUAGGACGUGUAACUUCCCUACUCACUUGCUUUAUGCGGAUGAUAUCCUUAUUUUCUGUAAAGCUUCUCAUAAGAAUGCGCGUAAAAUCAAGGAGAUUCUUGAUUAUUAUGGGAGCUUGUCUGGUCAAGUUUGCAGCGUCGAGAAGUCUCAUGUCUUCUUUGGUUCGGGGGUUGCUGCUGCCAUGCGUCGUAAUAUUACCCGGGAACUUGGGUUUGCUGUGGGAUGCCUUCCCAGUUCUGUUAUUCAUUCGAUGAUGGUUUAUCGGUGGCCAAAAUCUCUUCUCCACAGCUUAGAUAAAAAGUGCCGGAAUUUCUUAUGGACUGGCAGGAUUGAUCAGCGGCCUUCCUGCCCUGUUGGUUGGUCUCGGGUUUGUGCUAUUCGCCAGGAAGGUGGCUUGGGGAUAAGAGAUUUCAGUCUCAUGAAUAAGAGUUUUAUGAUGAAGCUGGCUUGGAAGUGCAUUAAAGGGACUGACUUCGCGUUUUCCAUUCUUCGCACGAGGUACCUGACUAGUUUUGGGCAUGCGAAGUCUUCGCUGGUUUCUUCGCCGGUCUGGACUAGUAUUCGUGAGAACGUGAGUGAGCUGGUGGAGAAUUCUUAUUCCUUUAUUGGGGAUGGCUCCUCUACUUAUUUCUGGCUUGAUGACUGGCUUGGUUAUAAGUUGGUGGAUAAGCUUCAGGUUCCGCACUUCAUGCAUGAUUUUCUCCAUCAAUCGGUGGCUGAUUAUUAUUUUGAGGGAGCUUGGCAUUUCUCUGAGGAUUUCUUUAUUCAGUUUCCUGACACGGUCUGUGAUAUUUUAUUACUGCCUAUUGGGGAGAGUGAGGACUUGAAAUUCUGGAAACAUUCUGUUACAGGUGAUGUUACGGCGGCUCUUGCCUAUUCUCGUAUCUGCCAUAGCUUUCCCAAAGUCCGUUGGGGAGAUUGGAUUUGGGAGAAUUAUAUUCCUGUGAGACGCUUGAUUGUUUGUUGGCGAAUAAUUCAAAACCGCUUGCCGACCCUGGACGUUCUCAUUCGCCAGGGUACCUUGGGACCCAAUCGGUGUUCUUUAUGUGGUGCUGCGGAGGAGACUCUAUCCCAUUUGUUUUGGGAGUGCUCGGUGGUGCGUCCGAUCUGGAUGGAUUUUCUUGGUUGGUUUCAUCAAGGUGAUUUUAAGCAUUGCCUGGAUAUUCAUAGCUUCCUGGUUUUGGCUUGGAAUGCUAAGUUCAGUUCUCAGGUGAACUCUUUUUGGAAGUUGGGUGUUUUGUCGCUUCUUUGGCGUAUCUGGAAGGGGAGGAACCGAGUUGUUUUCAAUGACGAGAGUUUCGAUCCCAGGGCUGUGAUGAGCUUCGUUAAAGUGGCGUUUAAGGAGCUCGAUGCGUCUUCGUUUAAAAUCGGUUCGGUUUCGAAUUCUUGGCAGGAUUAUUUGAUCACCCGUAGCCUUGGUGUUGUUUCUCGUGCGUCUCCGCCUCCGUUAAUGAUUGAGGUGUAUUGGUGGCCUCCUGUUGGCCAGUGGAUCAAGGUCAAUACUGAUGGUUCGGCUGCGGGUUCGCCAGGUGCUAUUGCAGCUGGUACGGUUUUUCGGGAUAAGUUUGGAUGGGUCCGUGGUUGCUUUCACUUGAAAUGUGGUCGUGGUUAUGCGUUUGAGGCUGAAUUAUAUGCGGUUAUUACUGCGAUUACGAUUGCUCAUGCUCGAGGUUGGAUGUUUCUUUGGAUUGAGGCGGAUUCGAUGUAUGUGGUAAAUCUGUUAAGCUCUCGUGCCCGGGAUGUUCCUUGGAGAUUUGUGGCGUCUUGGAACCGCACGCUGAAUCUUCUUAUGGAUAUGCAGAUCAUGGUUUCUCAUAUUUACCGGGAAGGUAAUGCUGCAGCUGAUAUUAUGGCUAAUCUUGAUAGGUCGGAAGGUUGGUGGCCUCAUGCGAUUGAUGAUGUCAAGAAGGCUGUUGCUUUGGAUAUGGCCACUCACAGUUUUUUGCUGGGUGUGCUCGGCACUGGGGUUCGGGGAGUCGGGUCCUGUUGGUUGCUCCGCGAUGGCGUUUGGCUGUCGGCGUUGAGAGUUUGGAGAUGUGGUUGUCUCUGCGCGUUCCGCUUGUUAUCUUUGGCCUUUUUCUGCUCGUUCUUUCUGGCUAGUUGCGGUGUUUCUUUCAGCUCGUUUUUUAUUUUGUGGCUUGUCGGUGUUUGUGCUUGUUUUGGGGUUGCUGAGCCGGAUUGCCUAGGGACAAUGGUUCGGCCGGAGUUUCUGAGGCAGUCCUUCCCGCUCUUCAACUCCUCUGGGUCGUUUGUUUCUGUUUUUUAG